AUGUCCCCUCUCAGAGGCUACAUCACGUCGUACCCUCCACGGGUGCGGCAUUAUGGAAACGCGCUUCUCACGCCUGUCAUACCGCAGAGCCAAGUCGGGCCGACGCCGCGCACGACAAAGCGAGGGACAACCGCGAUCAACUACGCGGAGGACGGGUUUGACGAUGACUUUGAAGAGGAAGAGGGACGGCGACCUACGGGGCUGAGGAGUCUGAGGCGUGAGGAGUCGAUGACAGAGAAGCUGCCGAUUUCGGAUAAGUUGGGGAAAGAGGUUCAUGCUCCUGUUGAGGUUCAAGGUGUCUUUCGCGAUUGGAUGAUCAAGCGGAUGUUGCGACCUGCCUGUGCAGAUCAGCUACAAAUCCAGGCGCAAUUACCUCUCACGCUCAUUCCGAUUCGAAUUGACCUCGAAGUCCCCUCGCAUCAGCCCUUGGAACCGUUUCCUUUACCACGAGGCAUCGUGGAUCCUGCGAUCAACCCGACACUGCCCGGUUAUAGACGACCAGACCCAUUGCCCGCGUUUCGGAUCAAAGAUACUUUCCUUUGGAACCUCCAUGAAGCCCUCGCGACGCCUGAAGAAUUUGCAGUCGGCUUUGUCCGCGAUCUCGACCUACCCAGUCCGCAAGCGAUGACGCUCGCUAUCAGCAAUCAGAUACGACAACAGUUAGAGGAGUAUGCCGGUGUUGCACUACAUCCUUUAUUCCAGAGUACACAGAUUCAGCCUCCUGCUCCGCAAAUCGGCCAAUCGCGCGAUGUAUCUACGACGCCGGCGCCAACAAAUCUUCCAGCGACGCCAGAGGUCACAGUAACCAAGGAGCCGUUGGUCAAUGACAGUAUCUUGAACCCAGACGAUGCGUACCGUUGCAUGAUCAACCUGAAUAUCAACUUGCAGAACAAGCUAUAUACGGACAAAUUCGAAUGGUCCCUCCUCCACCCUCCCGGAAUGGCAGAGGACUUCGCCAAAGUUACCUGCGCUGAUCUGGGCCUGAACGGCGAAUGGGUCGGCGCAAUCGCACACGGCAUCUACGAAGCCGUGCUCAAGUUAAAGAAAGAAGUCUGCGAAAGCGGUGGUCUCAUCAGCGGCUACGGUAACGAAAUCGAUAACCAAGCCGCCAACGGCGCAGAGGCUGGUUGGCGAUAUGACCCCGAAGGCCUCGGCGAUGAGUGGGAACCCAAGGUCGAAACAUUGUCCAAGGAGGAAAUUGAACGGAGAGAAGGAGAUCGCGAACGACAAAUUCGACGUCUCCGACGAGAGACAGCUCGGUUCUCCUCCACCGCAGGUAUCACGCCUGAUGCCUUGCGGCAAGGCAGUGGCUAUUUCGAUGUGGAUGGCGAGACACCUCUAGGUCGGGGUGAGCGGAAUAAACGCAAGAAACGGUUCCGCAGUCUCAGUCCCUCUGGAAGAGGAGGUACGCCUGGUGGGCGAGGCACCCCCGAUACGGGCUCGGGAGCUGGUUAUGGUGGAGGUGGUGGAACAUUAUCCGACUGGGAACGACAAAAUUGGCGAUGCAGCAACUGCAUGGUAUGGGGCACUGCUGUUUGGGCCGUACGAGAUGGUCCCGCAGGCUCAAGGACCCUUUGCCACAAUUGUGGUCUUUUGUACGAACGCGACAAGGUCGUUCCUGAAUGGUCGAAAGACCUCCAUCGCCACGACAUCCCAGUUGGUCGGUAG